AUGGAUGAAAACAUAGAAAGCAGCGGCGAGGAGAGCGACAAUGACUCAAUUCUAGACUCGGAUCUUCCUCCAGACGGUGUAAUUGGUCCAUUCAUGUUUGAGCCGCAACAUAGCUCGCCUUCAGGAGAAGAAGAAAUUUCUGUUGACGAAGAAACUCAGGAAGAGAUUCAAGGAGAAACAUCUACGCGCUCACUUCUUGGAAAUCUCGAGUGGUGCUCAUGCGGUAACUGUCAAGAGAUGCCAGCAGAAAACGAGUGUAUGUGCUAUCAAGAAAUGAAAGUACUGGGUGAUUGACUCGAUCUGGAAGGUAGUUAAUUCUUCUGAAAUAAAAUCUUUGUUUCUUAAGUUUUAUUUUUGAUUUUUUCACAAAAGAAAAGCGCAGUGCCCGCGACUGAUUAUUUCACACUGCUAACUAAGUGAUAUGAACUAUCAUUGAAAUUGCAAGGAGCAAGCUUCAGUGUAUUACUGAGCACAGAUCAUUUGGACCUGUGUGUUUACUAGCCGAAGUCUUAAGAACAGCCCUUGUUGGCAUGCAUCAAGUGAGGAAAGAUAGAGUUGGAGAUUAUCCGUCAAAUGAGUAA